GUAUCGCCUGGUUUCCACUGGUUUCGAUCAUUCGAAAACUGUGUACGUAAUUCUGUGUGCUGUAAAUUCAAAAAACAUAGUUUAUCUUCGAAAAUAUUCAAGAUGUCACAAGACGAUUCAGCAAAGAAAAUGCCGCCUUACAUGAAAAAACUGCAGUGCUCGCGGGAUUUGAUGAAUCUGAAUAUUCAGCAACUUUCGUCGUUCAAGCAGCACUUGGAUCAGGAACUCGGAGUGUUUCAGGAAUCUUUGCAUGCUUUGAAAAUUGCGCAGACCAAAUAUCAGGAGUCGGGUCAGUGUUUAGAGAAGAUUACGCCGUCCGUGGAAGGCAAAGAGAUACUUGUACCUUUGACAGGCUCAAUGUACGUACCUGGAAAAUUGGCAGAUGCGAACAAUGUGAUAGUAGACAUUGGCACCGGAUAUUAUGCACAAAAGAGUACUGAGGAUGCGAGAAAUUACUUUAAAAGGAGAGUAGAUUAUGUCACAGAACAAAUGGAGAAGAUCCAGGAAGUUGGAAUAGAAAGAAACAAGCUCAGAGAAGCAGCCAUGGACAUACUAGAGAAGAAACUUCAAGCUCACUGGGAAAUGGCAAAGGUGAAGCAAAGCGCCAGUUAAGGUCAUUUUUGGUAGAUGUUAUUUUAUAUAUGUUUCAUUACGAAAAAACAAUUUGUUACCAUCUCCGCAUAUAUUCUGAUGAUCUUCGUGGAAACCGAUGGCUUUGAGAUGUUACUUACAAAUGCAAAUGAUACUCUAUCAUGUAAUAGCAAUAAGAUGGUUUUAUUUAGUUCAAUCAAGGCGUACAUGUUUUGUGAUAUCACCCUGUCGUAAUUUUUAUUUUAUUUUGACUUCAUCUAUAUAAGUAAAUUAAUACAAUGAAAUUUUGUACAGAAAUACAUGUGUCUAUAUACGUGUCAGUAAAAUUAGGACAUACUCCUCUCUAAGUGCGUUUUACUUAAACUAACAAUCGCCUUUAAACAAUAAGAUCAAAGUACUAAAGAUUAUUAGCUAAGAAACUAUAUUUGUUAUAAUCGCUAAGUAUCUAAGCUUUUCUCUGUGUGAACAAAAAAGGAAUGCGAAAAAAGAGACAUAAAUAUAUAUUAAAGACUUAAAGUAA